CCCCUAAUUCAUGUUGGUGUCGUCUUUUCUAAUAUGCGAGUUUCACCGUGAGUAACGGUGCAAUUAAAUAGCUCCUGGUGUAGCUACCGGGGACCGUUAGCGGUCCCUCGCCCGCAGUUUGGGAACCGCUGUCCCGGACUGGCCGACCUCUGCUCUCCGGCUCUCUGUCUCCGACUCCGCCUCUCUCAGCACCAACACACGAGCGACCGACUCCCCAGCCUGCCUGCCGCCACCCCGAAGCCCCUUCCUCCAACUCCAGCCUGGGACUCCCCAAACCGGACUCCCCUUAACGCGAACCCACCUCUCUCACACCAAGUGCUAGUUUUCCCGAAAGAACAAACUCGGACUUUAGAGAUACAGUAAGCUGGAGGAGCUGUAUCGGAGAAGUUUUUCUUAUUUGCCCCCAGUUUUUGGCCCCGCGGCGGGGCAGGACAGAGUACGGGCAGGCCGGGGGGUGGGGUGGGGGGACCGUAUGAUGUGGAUUUGGUACCUUCUGCUUGGUUCGGGGUCAGGCUCAAGAACUGUUGAGAGCCAGCUGCUCCCAGGGAAUAACUUCACCACAGAGUGCAACAUCCCUGGGAACUUCAUGUGUGGAGAUGGGAAGUGUGUCCCAGGUGGGUGGCAGUGUGACGGAUUGCCCGACUGCUUUGACAAGAGCGACGAGAAAGGCUGUCCUAAGGUCAAGUCAAAGUGUGCCCCUACAUUCUUCGCCUGCGCUAAUGGCGUCCACUGCAUCAUCGGACGCUUCCGUUGCAACGGCUUCAGCGACUGUCCCGACGGGAGUGAUGAGGAGAACUGCACAGGUAAUCCACUGGUGUGCUCAGAGUCUCGCUUCAAGUGUCGAAAUGGCCACUGUGUAGACCGCAGCUUCUUGUGUAACGGCCAGGACAACUGUCAGGACAACAGUGACGAGGAGCUCUGCCUAACUACAGCAGAAGCUCCGGGGCAGGACUUUGUGACACUGGACUAUCGUCUGCGUUACUACCCCAGCAUCACUUACGCCGUCAUUGGCAGUGCUGUUAUCUUCGUCCUAGUGGUUGCCUUGUUGGCCUUGGUGCUCCACCACCAGAGGAAGCGGAGUGUUUUGCUGCCCAGAGGUGUAAGAGGGAGUUCACAUCACCACCACCACCACCAUCAGCCCCUGCUGCUGUCACGUUUGGUUAUCUUGGACCGGGGCCACGUCCAUCCCGGAGGUCCAGGUCUCUCCCCUGGCUCCCCUACCGCAGCGGGCCAGUACCGCUCCACUCCUCAGGCACUGCAGCUGCUGUCUGGUACCCUGUAUCCCUCCGAACUCUCUAUGGACUCCCCUCCGUCAUACUCACAAGCUGUUCUGGAUGUCAGUCGGCCUCCCUGGUUUGAUCUCCCUCCUCCACCAUACCUCUCAGAAGGUGAAUUUCCAUCGGAUGUUGAGCUGCCUCAAUACGAGGGCCCGCAAGACCCUUUGAGCCACCCCACAGCACCUCCCUCUGCACCCUCCACAACCAGAACUGUGGCCUUGGGCACGCAGCUGAGUUCGAGCUCCAGAGAGGAGUCGGACCAGCUGUAGAUGGUCUCAUUUAGAAACUGCAGUUAGACUGGAGAGACUGCAGGACUGAAGGACCAGGCUGCAGGGCCACAUGAGGCCAGCACAGUCCACACUAGAGUCCUGCUGAGAAGAAUCAAUAGGGACUAAGAGACUGUAGAUUAAACAGUGCCCAUAACUUGCUGCCUACACUAUCGGCUUACUGAAGCACUGGACAGAGACAAGCUCAUCCUGCUAUACUGAGCUUGUAUGCUGGCUCCCCCUGCUGGGGUCAUGGCUGCACUACACCAUAACCAUAAUAGUUACACAUUUCAUACGGUUUUCAUCAUUGAAGAAAUACUGUAUAGCAACCAUAGCCUGCAUCUCCAAAGAAAUAAGUAAACUGCCAUUCAUUAACAUAUUAAGUAACAAAUCACAUAUGAUGAUAACAGCUGAAAUAGUCAGUGUGGUAUAUUAUAUUCAUGACAGAGUGGUUAGUCAAAGUCGAGCACCGUUCUCUGAUAAUCCUCACAUUUCACAUCUACAAUAUUUUCCAUAGUGAGGUUAAUGCUUAUAUAUAGUAAAAUAAUGAAUGUUAAAUAAAAUCUGUACUACAGUUUGA